UCUUGUCGUCCCUUGUCCUGUCUCCUGUCGGAGGCGUACGUAUGCGUGUGUGUGUAACACACUGUAAGACUCUUACGUUCGUUUGAGUCGUCUAAGGAAGGGUUGCGGCGUUUGCCUGGCCACUUCCGCGUAGUGUUUAAUAUAUGUGGUUCCAGUAGAAUCACCUUUCACUUUCCCGAGGGUGCAACAGCUUUCGCAAGAGUAAGAGACGAAGGAACGGAGAUGGCGGUCGAUCUAGUUGACGCUCUAGUGCGUCUAGCAAAUGCGAUGGCAAAUGACAGACAAGCGGCACAGAAUCAAGCAGCCCAACUCUUGACAGCUAUGGACCAACAAACGCAGCAGACAGCAGCACUCGUCACGGCAUUGAACGCACUUCCAGCAGCAGCACCAGCGGCCGGUGCAGGAGGUCCAGCUGCAGCCGUAAUGCCUCGUAUUUCAGCCACCGCAGUCGAGUCGAUCCCACGUUUUGAAGGGGGAUUGAAAGAUUUUCCGCAAGAUUUUGUGGAAAUGGUAGAGAGAGUGGCCGUUGCAGAGAAUUGGACAGAUGCGCAGCGAAUUCAAGUAGCAGCUAGAAGACUCCUAAAGACUGCAUUGGAUUGGCAUAUUCACGCAGGACAUGCGUUUGCUAAUUGGGGUGAUUGGUCUAAUGCUUUCAUCGCUAAUUUUUCACCACGUUUAAAUUUUAGUGAAUGGCACCGUCUAGUCGAAGAGAGACGACAGAAAAUUGGAGAAUCUGGUAUUGAGUACGCCUUAGAUAAGCAAAAGUUAUUACGUGUUUCCCCUAUCCCCCUUAAUAAUGAGCAGAUGGUUUCUUUUCUAAUUGACGGCCUGGCGAAGUGGCAACAUGUAGCAGCCAUGACAGCUGACAUUCCAGAAGACGUCACGGAGUUCAUCCAGCGUAUUCGAACAUUAGAAACAUUGGGUGUGGCUUCAAGAGCAGACACUUUUCCACCACCCCCUGGUCCAGCGGGCCCACCGGUUAUACCUGCCACUCCACCAACACAAGAUUUUGCUGCUGCCCUGUCCACCUUCGGUGACAAGCUCGUAAAUCAAAUCGCAGCACAAUUCAACAAAUUAUCGAUCGGAAGUCGUGGUGCUGGACGUGGCGAGAGUAGCAGCGACGCCAGUGGUGGAGCUGGACAUGAACGUGGUAUGGGACGCAAUGGAAGAGGUGGAGGUGGAUGGGUUGAACCAAGUGCAAGAAAAUGUUACAACUGUGGAGUAGUUGGACACAUCUCUCGUCAUUGUCCAUCAAGAACGGGAAAAGGUUCAACCGGAAGCUAGGAGCAAGGCCUAUGCUCACCGGUUAUGCCUACCUCCCUUGCCGUCCCCCGCUGCCCUUUGUUAAGGUAUUUAUAGAAAAUGUAGGUGAAGUGGUCGGACUUGUUGAUACAGGUGCAAGUGUGUCUGCCAUAAGACUUAGUGUCGUAAGAAAUAUUCUCAAUCCUAAUCGUGUAAAAUCUUUGUUAAAAUUAACUGGUGUAGAUGGUUAAAAAGUGAUAGUAGAUUCUUUUUGUCUAUUAAACGUAAAGUGGGAAAAUCAAAUUGUAGAUUUGGAAAAAGUAGCCGUAGUGAAAUCGUGUCCAUUCGCGUUGAUUCUGGGAGCGGAUUGGAUUGUAAAAAGUAAAACAAAUUUUAUUGUUGAGGACGAUAAAAUUGUUGCAAAAUCAAAAGAACCGAGCAAACAAAAAGUGAAAAAAGUCCAUUUUGCCGGUAUUGAUGAUGAAAUUGUUAGUGAGUUGUGUGAGGAGUGCCCUCUUAUGGUGAAAGACGAAUUGAUUGAGGCACUCGAGAAAGAUGGAACAAAGAGACGCAAUCAUACUCAUGGUAUUGAAGUAAAGGUAAUAGAGUCAGCCAUUAUUCCUGCCGAAUCUCUGUGUUUUGUUAAAGCUCAAAUGUCUAAGAAUUUCUUUGGUAAUGUGGUGGUGUGAAAAAAUAUGUGUUCCCAUCCGGGUUUAGAGUGGAUUAUUCCAUCAUGUAUAGUUAAGGUGACGACAGGAAGACUAAAAAUUCCUGUUUUGAAUAUGAAGUAAUCCGUGCUUAAUUUAUGACGUAAAGAUUUAUUAGCUCUUGUAGAACCUGAUUUUGAUCCCAGCUUGGUCGUCGUUGGUCAAGAAGACCAGCCAGUUAAUCCAGCCUGCCCGCUUAUCAGUGACAUUGAACAACCGAGCUGGAACGCGUUAAAAGACGCUCGUAUUGGUGAAAAGUUAUCGACAGAAGAGAGGAGCGCAGUACUGGCCCUGUUAACAAGACGUCUACGAUGUUUCCCGUCAGCAGACGGCAAUUUGGGAUACACUAAUAUAGCAGAACAUGUCAUCGAUACGGAAAACGCGCAUCCAAUCAGCUGUGUCCCAUAUCGAGUAUCUGCUCCCGAAAGAAGUAUUAUCAUGUAGAAAGUCACUGAAAUGUUGCGGCAAGGCAUCAUACGUCCGUCAUUUAGCCCUUGGGCUUCGCCGGUAGUAUUAGUUAAGAAAAAAUCUGGUGAUUAUCGUUUUUGCAUUGAUUACAGGCGCCUUAACGCCGUAACGAAACGAGAUGUUUAUCCGUUGCCCCGUAUGGAUGAUGUUUUCGAUCGGCUUGCUGGAGCAAAAUUUUUUUCCAGCCUGGAUUUAAUGAGUGGAUACAGGCAAGUACCCGUUGUUGAAGCUGAUAGAAACAAAACAGCUUUUAUCCCACCCGACGGUUUGUAUGAGUUUCUUAGAUUGCCAUUCGGUUUAAAUAACGCACCGUCUACGUUUCAAAGGCUUAUGGAUAGAGUUCUUGCCCGUCUCAAAUGGCAAAUGUGUCUAGUUUAUCUGGAUGACGUGCUAGUUUUUGAAAAGACAUUUGAAGAGCAUCAGAAGAGACUUGAAUGUGUGUUGAUUGCCUUGUAAAAGGCCAGUCUAACGCUUAAUGUAUCCAAAUGUAUUUUUGCGACCAGUAGAAUCUUUCACCUAGGUCACAUCAUCGAUGAGAAUGGAAUCCGGCCAGACCCAGAAAAGAUCAGCGCCCUUUUGAACUUUAGGAUUAAGAAUGUAAAGUCUCUGAGAGGCUUCCUUGGCCUUGCUUCUUUCUAUCGUCGUUUCGUCCCAGAUUUUGCCCCAAUAGCUCAUCCAUUGCACGUGUUAUUGAAAAAGAAUUCCGUAUGGAGUUGGAAGGAAAAUCAAGAGUUAGCCAAAACCGAACUUGUCAACCGCUUGGUGUCGGCUCCGGUGCUGGCACAUUUUGAUGAAAAUAUUGAUGUAUGUCUACAAACAGAUGCUAGCCUAGUAGGCCUUGGGGCCGUUUUAACUCAAGAUUCCGGUGAGGGACCUCGUCCAGUUGCAUACAUCAGCCGAAGAUUGACUGAAGCGGAGAGUAAGUACCAUGCAAAUGAGUUAGAGUGUUUAGCGAUCGUGUGGGCCGUAAAAAAGUUACGACAUUAUGUGUAUGGUCGACGUUUUUCAAUUUGUACCGACAGUUCUGCUGUUCGGUGGCUAUGGUCAAAGAAAGAAGUAACUGGCAAAUUCGCCAGGUGGAUUUUGUCUCUUCAAGAGUUUGAUUUUUAAAUUCGCCACGUUAAAGGUGUAGAUAAUUGUGUGGCUGAUGCCCUAUCGCGUAACCCUGAUGAAUCCUGUAUUGGAACCAGUGGCUCCGUGAUCGGUCAUGUAGUUUGUGUUUUUGACAGUAGAAGGCCAGUAGGCAUGAGUAACGCUGAAUUGGCAUUUCAACAACAGUUGGAUAGCCAAUUGCGACCUAUUAUUACCUCCUUGAAUUCAAAAGUACCGGGAAAAUUUUCUGAGCAAUUUAAAAUUCAUGGGAAAGUUUUGUAUAGAAGGAAUCCCUCCCAGGGUUGUAAAUUUUUGUUAUGUGUCCCAUCAAUUUUAAAAAGAAAAAUAAUUGAGUUUUGUCACGAUGAUCCCUCCUCCAGUCAUAUGGGAAUAGAUAAAACGGUUGCACGGGUCUCUGAACGUUAUUGGUGGCCAAAAUUUCGGGCCAGUGUUCGAAAAUAUGUAUCUUCUUGUAAUUAUUGUCAAUUUCACAAAUGUAUCCCUGGUUUCCCCGCUGGGCAACUCCAACCAAUUCCACCCCCUGAUCGUACGUUUCACACCAUUGGUAUGGAUCAUCUUGGCCCAUUCAAAGCAACGUCCGAUGGGAAAAAGCACAUUCUGAUGGCGAUUGAUUACUUGACAAAGUAUGUCGAAGCAGUGGCGGUGACAGACACUUCAACCGCAUUAGUAGCUGAAUUCGUCAAAGAUCACAUCAACUUUCGUCAUGGUGGUACGACUAGAAUCAUCAGUGAUCAAGGUACGGCGUUCUCAUCUCAUCUAAUGGAAGAAAAAGUCCACGAGUGGCGAACCGACCAUGUAUUCGCGACGGCAGAGCAUCCACAGACGUCUGGACUUGUUGAGCGUGUUAACAGGACGAUGACUCUGGCGUUGGCAGCCUACGUGAACGUUGAGCAUGACGACUGGGAUCGUCAUCUACCAGCAGCCGUCUUUGCUAUCAACACUGCAAGGCAGAGUACGACCGAGAUCUCACCGUUCCAGUUGGUUUAUGGCCGUCUACUACCUCUACCUCAAAUACAAACGGCUCUUUAAAAAAUAAA